AUGGCCAGAGAUCCGCCCUCCCGUCUUGGCUCAACAGAGCUCGAGGAUAUAUCUCUGACUCCCUCUGCUGUCAAAGCAGCUGGCGUUACUAUAAUACACCCUCAACUGCGAGAUUUAAUCCUGCCACUCGGAAAGGGCAGGGUGUAUUACCCGCGAGGGCAGAAUGUCGAAGAGAUGAGAUGGUCUGAUGAGGACAGUGUCAGCAAGGAUAUCAACAGAAAUGGAAGUUCAAGGACAGCGUUCAGACUAGACUUUCCUGCAGUUUGUCUUACCGCCGGAUCCGGUCUCUUUGCAUGUGGCGGGCAGCAUGGCGAGCUAUUCGUCUGUGAACAUCGCCAACUAAACCCUCGAAUCCCUUCACGCCUUCACCCUUCCCCACGCUUUCAACCCUUCAAGCUCUCAACUACUCUACCCUAUAGCCGGUCUAUCAACAAUUCUAUCAUUCUCCCUCCCUCAUGGCCUCGAGAAUGGGCCAGACAUUCACGGGAAAAGCAACUAGGGUAUCUGGGAAGGGGGUCGAGAGAGUGGGAAGAGCUCGAACCGAGAAGUGGUAUCCUCGGACGGGCGGAACAUGGAGAAUGGAUCAGACGGAGAGCAGGCCAAGAUCGGGGAUCGUCCUCAGUAGACGACGAGGACGAUUACCUGACUGACGAUCAGGAUGAGGAAAUGACGGAGGCGCCCUCAUCGCCUGUAGCGACGUAUCCCAACACACUACCUGUGCGAUACGUCUCGUCACGGCCCCUGCACCCUCCAACCCCAUCCCAGGACGCCCGGAUCAAGGCUCGUAGCCGGAAAAGAGAGGAACCUUGCCUCAUCAUAUCCAACAAUGACUGCAGUGUCAAGUUCUACAGCCUCCGAUCUGAAGAGGACGACAGGGCCUCAGUCUUUGGUAAUGCGCCACAUUUCGGGAUCCCUUCCCUCGCCCGCCAUCCUCCACCACAAGGAUACCAUCCCCAGAUGCUAACGCUGGAGGACCUUGCCGUACUAAACAGUCCCCCCAUAGAGUUCCCAAGUCAUCUACAAUGGGACCCUGAUAUCCGACAGAUCGAUGUCGAGAUGGGCGCUGAUGGUCGGCCUGGAAGAGCCCUAUACGAUGUGGUCGCGACAGAGAGGUUCGGAAGGUUGAAUGAUACCGAAGAAGCUUGGCAGGCGAGGCAGCUGCUCGAGCAGUAUCGUGAUCGGGAGCUUGCACGAGGUACUUCAGGGCUCCCGCGCGUGGCGGGCCGCAGCCAUAUGUCGGAUGGCGACAAUGGUGGUUUCGUGUCCAUCUCUGCCUUGUUGAGAGCUAAUGCGCAGCCCGGCCCCGCUGCGGGCUCUGGCUCCUGGUUUGAGGGCGGGCAGGGUGUAUCGCAGCAGCCGGUCCGGUCUGAUGCGGAGAGCGAGAGGCUCGACUUGCCGCCGGCUGAUGCUGGUAAAGGCGAAUCGAGAUGGCUGAAUCUGGUAUCUGAGGCUCAUUUCCCUGUGGCAGCGAAUCAUUCUUCAUUGUCACCGGAUUUGAGACAUAUGGUCUCUGUAGGAGAUUCCACUGAUGUCGACAUCUUUGAGAUUGAUGGAAGUCGGCAGUUCAGGAAAGUGGCGACUUUUACAGCUGCUACAGAUGCUGGCUUCUCGAGUGCUUGGAGCAAGGAUGGGCGAAAGUUUGCCGUUGCAAGCCAAGAUGGCCAGGUCACUGUUUGGGACCACCGCUCUUCCCGUCCUCUCGCCAUAUUCCACACAUGUGCCAAGAGCGAUACUCCCUCGGUUCCAUCGUUCGCGAAUGACCUUGGCGCCGCCUACACCAAUUCUCGUGCUUCCUCUGGGAUAUCUGAAGGUCCUGGAGACUAUCAAGUCGCAGCCGAAGACGGAAUAGUGUUGAGAGAUCCGGUGACGGGAACUCCGAGGACGGGGAGCAGCACCUCGGGCAAAGAGGCUGCUCGGGUUGUCAAAUUCAGUCCCGAGGGGAGCAGCAGGGAUCUCAUGGUCUUCUCAGAGGAAAAUUCAAAUAUCCACAUAAUCGACGUCCGCACAUUCGCAACCCAUGUUGUACUCCCCGUACCACAUGUCCCCACUGAGACGACAGACUAUAAUGCACGGAACAGCCCGCGGAAGGGUGUUGACGGAGGCACUUGGGGUAUAGCGGGUUUGGCGUUUGAUCCCACGGGCGAUUGGUUGUACUCUGGGACGGAAAAGACAGUUGUGGAAUGGGAUUUAAGAAAAAUGAACAGGGGUGGGGAGGGUACGUGGAGCUUGAGAUAA